CGGUGUUGCCAUGAUCUGAGAGCGGACCGUAGGCACGCGUUAAAUUUGAUAUUUGGAAUUGACAGUUCACCCACCGCGUCGUAACAGCUGUUUUUAACCAACCCAAACGAAUAGAAAGCACGAUUUUGAAUAGCGGUUGUAUUUCUUGCACGUGUAUUUAGUGUGUUUUAAAUAAAAGCUAUUUAAAUAAAAUUUUCAAACCAUGGAUGAUGAAGGCGUUGUUAAAGCCCCUAUGACUCGACUGAGAAGAAGAUUAUCAGUCGAAGCUGACGAAGUGAAGUCGCCGGUUGCUACGCCUACUAAAAAAAGAGGUGGUAGACUGGCCACAAAACCUCAACUUGAUCUAAUAGACGAAAAUGCCACAGAAAAUGUUCCAAAGAGACAAACUCGCAAAACUAAAGCUAAAGAGAUAGUUGAAGCUGAAGUCUCAGAAGAGAAGACAUUGACACCAUCCAGACGUAGCGCUAGAAUCCGCUCAAACACCAGUCUUAUUCUUGAAACAACACAAACUAUUGAUUCUCCUAGGGCUAAAAGAGCAGUGAGACGUACUUCCCAAGUUGGUAGUGAUAGUGAAGCGCCAUUAACGCCUGCUAGGCAAACUAGAAGAACAAGAAAGGAUUCAUCAUCAAGCAUCGACAAGCCAGUGGAAAGAAAAGUUAGUACACCACACACUGGUAAAGUAACAGAAGUGAUUGGGGAAGAGCCAGAGUUUAGUGCUGAUAUAGUUGAAAUCAAUGAUACUUCAGCGAGAAAGAGUCCUAGGCUUAAUAACAGUAAAAGUGAAAACACUAUGCCUCUUCCUGAAAAUAAUAACAUUAAAUCUGACGAACUUGAUUCUUCUAAUGAUAAAGACGUGAAAUCAAAUAAUGAAGAAACUAUUGAAAAGAAACAAAACAAAAAUAAAAACAUAACAUUGACAGAAGAAAAUGAUGCUUUGGUGAAUGCUUCUAGUGUUAAUCUAAUUAAAAAUAUGGAUACUAAAAAGAAAAAUAUCUUAGACUUGAAUAAAACCACUUCUGUACUAGAACAAAAAAGUGGUUUUAAAGCUAAUAGACACAGAACGAAAUCAUUGACAACAAUUCAUGUUUCUCAGACAAAUGAUGAAAACUUUUUCAGUGAUAACGAAAUAGUUAAGAAAAAAAAGAAAAACCGCACGUCAAUCAUAGAUCAAGGAGAUAAUGUGUCAGGCUUAGAUAAUGAACCAAAGAAUACAUCAUUAAAUAAAAUUUUAUCAAGUAAGAAAAUUACUAGCGAUAAUAAUGACGACUCAAAAUGUAAUACACUGAAACUAAACAAAUCAAUUAACAUUAAUACUGAAACCAGCAACACAGAACUCUACCAAGAUGAUUGCCUAACUGGAAAAACGAAGGAAUCUAAAAAACUCACAAGAAAUCUUUUUGAUAAAUGCCCUGAUGAAUUACAAACCCAAAUAUUUGUAGUAGAUUCUGACACAGACAGUAUAGGCAAGGUAAAAGAAAACAAACUAGAUACAGACGAUCAAUGUGUCCCAGUUAUAGAUCAUGCAUCAGAAAAUAUUGAAAAUCUAAGUUUAAAAAGAAAUGACAGUUGUGAACCAAUGGAUGUAGAUGAAACAAUUCCACAAAAUAUUACAUUUAAAGAAUUUAAUGACCAUGAAAACACAAAAGAAAAAAGGCGUAAAUCAUCGCUUAAUUUAUCAUCCAAGAAUCUUCAAGUCACCGAAAGUUCAAGUAGAAUAAACCGGAAAUCAACGUCUCAAUCAGAGUCACAAAUAAUAGACAAAAUACCAAAUGAAAAUAAAAGCACUUUAAUAUUAUCCCAUUUAAAAGAAACUUCCCCAAAUGUUAUGAAAAAUAUGACAGAAUCGCCCAAAGGAAACAAUAAUCAACAAUUAUCAAAUACAUCUGAUUUUGUUAAAGCUGCAGAUGCCGACAACAAAAAUAAAUCGUCAAAUUAUUUGACAAGUACUCCACUACAGCAAAAAUCCUUCAAAAAACUAGGAAUGCAAAUUGAUACUUCAAUUAUAAGCCCUAAAUCCAGUAAUAAGGAAGAAAACUUAAGAGACGCUAAUAAGGAUUCAAGGUCAAAUUCAUUUUCAAAAUCAAACGUAAGCAAAAGUAACAUGUCUAAGAAAUCAAACAGAACAACAGUUUCAAAUAAUUCAGAUUCCUCAGAUGAGAGUGAAUGUGAAGAGGAAAUAUCAAAGCCUAGUAAAUUUGUUGAUUAUGAAGCAGCAGAAGCACAUAAAAGCUACGAAUCAGGCGAAAGCCAGGAUGAAGAUGAACGACAGUAUGAACAGGAAAAUGAGCUAAUAGAAAAAGGAGAAACGUUAGAAACUGAAGAUGAAAUCUCAGAUGACACUGAUUACGAAAAAGAUUCCUUUGUAGUUAGCUCUGAUGCAGAAGAUGACCAGUUAUUAAGUGGAUCUGGAGAUAAUCUUUCUAUGAGUGACAAUGAGUUGAAAAUGACCGCGAAAUCUAAACAAAAAUACAAUGAACGUAAAUUAAAAGAACAAAAAACAGCAUCAAGAGAGAUGUAUGAGGCACGACAUAAAAUAAAUAAUUCUGACAAAAUACUUGACGGAUCCACAUCGAAAAAAAACAAACGUCAAAGAUUAGAUUCGUCAAUGUUGAUUUCUGAUGAAAAUGAUUCUAAUAGUACCGAUAAACAACCAAGAGGCAAGAAAAACAAACAUCAAAGAAUUGAUUCCAGUCAGGACAUUAGUAUUGAUAAGUCUGAAACAAGCAUGACAAAGAAAAAGAAUACACGUAUAUCAACAUCAGCAAUUGAAGACAAUGAUUAUAAAGAAAACCAAACCGAAAUGAAUAAGUCUAAUAAUGAAAUAGAAACAAGAGUUUCAGAUAAUUUAAAAUCUAAGGAUGAUCCACUAUAUGUACAGAUCAAAGAAGAACCAAAAACACCACAAAAAAUGAAUUUUUCUGUAGUUAAAAUUACAGAUAGCAUUGAAGAAGUACUUGUUGAUGAAAAUGCCACCUUACUAAAAGGCAUCGAAACUUCGGAUCCUUUGCAAGAUACUGAAUCACACGACGAAUCAGAUUCAAGUACCAACGAAAAAAUUAUGAAUAGUUACAAUACCGUUCUUGAAGAACUUCAAAAUAAAUCAAAAAAAAUCAAAUUGUUUGACACCUCAUUGAAUGAAAACAAAAAGAAGAAAAAAGUCAAAGAACCCAUUAUUGAAGAACUAAAUCUUACUAAACCCAAGCAUAAUGUUAAAGACAAGAACUCAAAGAAAAAUAAAGCCGAGAAAUCUGAAUACAAUAAGAAAAAUGAUAACAGUCGACUCUGUGAGGAUGAUACAGCAUCCGAUUCAAUUGAUAUGAGAUUACUUUUCCCGGAAGAUAGCAAUGACAGUGAGCUAAGUGAAGUUAAAAAUAAUCAAGAUCAACAUAAAUCUAUAAGCCCAGCACCGGAUUUCAUUCCUCUGAAAAAAACCGAAGCUCAAACUGAUAUCAGCGUAAAAAAUGAAUCUGUGUCAAAUGUAGACACGAAAGAUGUAUCAUUAAAUACUAGUAAAAAAAAGCGGAUAUCUUUGGAAAGUCAAGUUGCAGAGACUGCAAAUGAUCAAGAUCAAUCGUUUAAUUUCAUUAUUGACACAGUCGGAAACAAAUCUGACAACCAAUCAAAUAUUUCAGUUCAGAACAGUGAUAAGAAACAAAAAGACAAACGCAAAAUCGUCACAGUGGAUGACGAAUCAGUCAUUUCGAUAGAUAGCCUCUUUUCUAGCUGUAAAAAGAAAAAUAAGAAAACCUAUUUUAACAAUGACGAUGAAAAUGAAGAUGUUGCGGAAAUAUCUGUCAUCCCAUCAGACAAUACCACUCCGAAAAGUGAGAAGAAGAACAAGAAAGGGAAAAAGUCCUUAGAUAUUAUGCAAGAUGUUGCAUCUACAAUACACUCUGAAAACGAAGAUAUUCCUAAUUCGGAAGAAGCCAGUGCCAAGCCCAAGAAUAAAAAGAAUAAGAAAUCGUUGGAUUCCAUUGGAAAUAUUUCAGCUACCCAUUCUGAAUGUGAACCAAACCUCUCUCAAAAUAAUGAAGUUUCAAUUACAUGUAGUAAUAGUAAAAAGAAAAAGAACAAAAAUCUAAAUAGUUCUCAGGAUCUAACACAAAGCUGUAUCACUGGUGAAUCUCCAGAGGAAUUGGUCCAAAGCAACGGAAAUGACAAGAAACGUUUGUCCCUUAAUAAAAUACAAAACACAAGCGAAGUAAAUGAGAACAUCGAAGAUAAUCCAGCUAAAUCCAGUGGCGGUAAAAAUAAAAAUAAACCAGUUCAUGAUUUAUCUGGUACCCAAAUUGAAGAAAUUGAUGCUAAUUCUGAUGACGAUGCACCUUUGGAGAUUUCAUUUAAAUUUAACAAAAACGAUAACCAGGAGCCACAGUGUCAAGAAAUCGAUGAAAAUACAAUUCAAGGAAGUGAAGGUAAAAAAUCGAAAAAGCGCAAACGUAAACCCUCCAAAAAUGAUCAAGAAGCUGUACAUGAAAUCGAAAAAGAUGUAAACGAAAAGCCAACAUCAGAACACUUUACACUAGAGGAGAACAAAAAGAAAAAACGUAAAUUAGCACAAGAAAAUCGAAAUGUGCCUGAAAACAAAGAUGAAUCUGAAAAGAAAAUGAACAAGAAGCGGAAAGCAAGAGAUGAUGAUAUUGCAGAUUACAAAGCAAAGGUUUUUAAAGGAAACUGUUUCGAUAAAGUUACUGUAACGCGCUUACCUACGCACAUCCUCGCUCAAUUAGGAGAUAAACCGAAUAAAGAGAACUGUACAAAAGUGAAGAAACCAAACUUAAUAUCAACUACAAAUUUUGUUGUCGAAGAACGUAAAGUUAGAAGAAAUAAACCGUCAAAUUAUUUAGAAGAAAGUGUCUAUCUCAACGACUCGCAAGUAACACAAAAAUCUAAAGGGAAGCUGAAGAAACCAAAAGUAUUACCAUUUAUACCUACAGCCUCAACCUCGGAUGCUGGAUUCACAACGAGCUUUAAAAUAAAUGUUUUGCCGCAAGACACAAAAUUCGUGGCACAGACCAACAACAUUACCAAUUUUAAAGACCAGAUUUUGGCAAAGCAUAAACUUAAAAAAUUCCAUACUUUUGAAACAUACAAAAAUCAACGGAAUCGUAAAGUUGCUAAUUAUUUUUGAACUAAUUUAAAAGUAACGUAAUUCACAUAACAUGACUGCCGCCUGUUAAACGAUUCCAAGUAUAAUGUGUACAUGUUUGUUGUAAGAUACAAGCUAAGGCUAUUUAAGAAACUUGCAAUUUAUUGUUAAAUGAUCCUUCUGUUUGUUUUGUUAAAGCAUAACUCUUUACAGUGUCUACGUGAUAAACAUAAAAAGUGUCAUUAUUACCGUUUUAAAGCCAACAUGAAUUUGAUUUUACCCGCCAUAUUGCAUAUUUCGUCACUAGGGGCGCUGACCAAAAUGAAAAUGGUAUCGCCCAUGUGUAUUUCUGUGUUUCAUGUGUUUUUCUUUACUGGAUACUUUUUCAUUCUCGUUUAAUAAUAAAAAAAUCCCAAAUAUUUUAUUUAUUUUUGUAA